CGCUGGACCCCUUAAUUAAGUUCGCAAAUGAACAGAUGGGAUCAAAUACGCAAAUAGAAACUGAAAGUGGUAGAGUGAGCUGAUAAAGAUUUGCUUUAGAUGCGGAUAUUAUUGCUCGAGGCUUUUUGGAGAGAAAAUACGACAAUGGAACCGCAGAAAAACGCCCCAUUUACUCCCGCUGAACAAACACACACUUCUACCAAGUCUCUCCGCCCAAAGCAUGUCUCGGAUUCCUGUCCUCGCAGCGCCGGAUCCAUGUUACCUAAUUCGUGUUUCGCUUUACGUAUCGUUCCAGUUCUUUGAUCAUUACAGACGUAGCCAUCCGCGUCCCAUAACCAAAUAAAACCCUAGGAGGCCAUCACGCGUAUAUGUU